AUGAAAAGAAAUAUUUAGUUACUUUGUGAUUUUGUUUCACUUAUUGAUAAGCAUCUUAACAAACACAAAUAUAUUAUUAAUAAUUCAAUUAUCGGUACACGUUUAAUUACUAGGACAUUUAUCUUAUGCGAAAAACUUUCGAGAAGUUUAAGGACAAUAGCGAUCUUUGUCGUUUCGGGAUUUUGAGAUAAGCAUUCAGGUAGAUCGUGAAUUUGAGAACUAUCCGGCGGGCAAGUUUGCACUACUCAGCUGUGUUAGUCGCUUCUCGCAAUUGCCAGGCUCUUGUUCUGGUGUGAACUUGUACUCGUGUUCCUUCCUGAAUUGUGUUACGGAUAAGAGAAAUUAAUAAACGUCAUAUAUUUUGUUUGUCGAGAAGCAAUUCUCGCUACAGAAUCCCAUAAGCUUAGCCGCUGGCUUCCCAAACACCGUCACGUUUCCUGUCAAAGAUAUGUCUGUGACAUAUGAACACGGCGUCUCGUUGAAUCUCACCAAGUCAGAAUUGGCUACAGCGCUGCAAUAUAUGCCCACGCAAGGCUAUAAGCCGUUACUGGAAAAAUGGCGUGAGUUCCAGAAAAUAUGGCAUACACCAAAGCGAAAAGAUUGGGACAUCGUGUUUACCAACGGUUCUAUGGACGCCUGCAGCAGAAUCUUCGACAUGAUGGUCGAUGAAAAUGAACCGAUAAUGUUGCAAUCGCCAACAUACGGUGGAGUAAUUGGAGCGCUACUGCCGUUGCUGCCGGAUAUUGUGGAGAUCACUCAAGAUGCCGAUGGGAUAAUUCCUGAACAAAUUGUUGAGGAAUGCGAGAGGAGACGUGCGAGUGAUAGACCGAUGCCAAAAUUACUCUACGUUAAUCCAAUGGCGAAUCCAACUGGCACUAUUUUGUCGGAGAGUCGACGAAGGAAAGUGUACGAAUUGGCGCAGAAAUACGAUUUCUUGAUAGUCGAAGACGAUGCCUAUUACUUCGUUCACUUUUUGGACAAACAGCCCAUGUCGUUUCUUUCUCUCGACACUGACGGUCGCGUGAUCAGACUCGACUCGUUCAGCAAGAUUGUAAGCUCUGGUCUUCGUAUGGGUGCUGUUACCGCGCACAAAAAGAUUGUGGACAAAAUUAUCAUUCACAUGGAAAAUUCUGUCCUGCACGCGUCGUCUAUGUCCCAAAUGCUUCUUUAUAAACUCUUUGAUAUUUGGGACAAACCCAAAUUCGAAACACAUUUCAAGAAUGUUCAAAGAUUCUACCGAGAACGACGUGACGUAAUGCUGACAUCGAUGGAAAAACACUUGACUGGUCUGGCAGAGUGGAAUGUGCCGCAAGGUGGCAUGUUUUUUUGGGUAAAAGUAACAGCGAUUGAUAACUCCAUGGAUUUAGUAGUUAAAGGAUGCAUUCCUAAGGGUGUUUUUAUUAUUCCUGGGAAUGCCUUCUGUUUUGAUUCUUCAAAGCCUAGCAAUUAUGUAAGAUUAAGCUAUAGUUACGCUACGGAGGAAGAUAUAGACAAGGGGCUAUUUAUACUGGCUCAAGUAAUACGCGAAGAAAUCGAGAAGAAAGCGAAGAAAGUUUAAUAAUUAAAAAAAUUAGUAUACGCACAUUAUCUACAGAACAAUUACUUCUUUUGAAUAAUUUAUUCUAUACGUUUCAUGAUUUGUGUUUUUAUACUUUUAUUAUAUUAUAAUAGUAACAAAAAGGAUUACAGUUAAAGACUGCGAUUAUCAAAUGCUGUCUAAUAUAUAUUUAAUUUGUAUCGAUCAGUAGCCUAUUCAAUCGUUUUCCUUGUUGGAAAACAUCAACAAUCAAAAAUUAAACUUUAUUUAGUCGAAAUUACAAUUUUUCUUAGCCGAGAUUCAAACCCGUUAAAUGCAACGAGCCUUCUCGCAGCAUCAUUAAGGGGAUGACGAACUCGAACAACGUCGAUAAUGCAGAGACGAUCGUUACUCACAUAAUCAUGCUAUCCUUUUCGUAUUUCUUGUAUAUACAGAAUUUAUAUGAA